UUUAAGCACAAUCUCAUAUGUAUUACGACUGAAUAUAACAACGAAUGAUCAUAUACACGGAAGUUAUAAAAAUGUUUUAUGAAACAACAUGUCAUGAAUAUUCUGUUGGGAGUUUUAUUGACAAAUAUCAGAAUGAAAUGCCACAGUUGGUAAUGGUAAAACAUGGUUACCAAGGAGAAACUGGAAACGACACCUUGGAUACAGGACAGGUACUAAGAAUUCAUGGUGUAUACAAACAAACCAGACUAUUGGCUAUAGUAAAGAGAGAUUCCAACAGAUGUUUUGGAUAUGGAGAUAUUUCAGUCAGUAUCCCACAACAUUGUAACAUACCGGUGUAUCUCAUCAAAAGAAAUAAUCCAGUGAAAUGUUCAGCUUUGCUACAUGAAGUUAUUGCCAAACAUAAACUACCAGUCGAAGUCAAGUGUGACACCACAGAGGAACCAGAAAUACCACUAAAAGGUCGUAGAGUACGUUUAACCGGGGACAUUAGACUUAAAUUGACACAGGAAUGCGAUCUGAAAUUCAUGUAUGGGAACCCAGUUAAUGAAGGACAGUUAUAUCGUAAUGUUAUUUCGAUACCAUAUCACAUGAGCGGUUUAACGUUGACUGCCAUAACAGGGUUGGAAAAUGGUAACCAAGACUACUGGGUGUCCAUCUUACAUUCCAUGACUUAUACAGCAGACAACUACAUCAAAUUUGAAGGCAAAAUGGGCGGAAAUGAUUUUCUCACGUUUUCUACAUCAGCACCUACAUCUACUAUGGAAUAUGAUUUUAUUGGAACCAAUAAAUCUGAUAUGACAAUAAAUAAAACAAAAGACCCAACGUAUGUAUCGACUAAAUCCUCCAUUCAAGACGAACAUCUCUAUGAGGAAAUUCCGGCUGAUAAAAUCAAAUCCUCGGAGCAUAAUAUAUCUAACAACACAAAAGUGUCUUCAGAAGACAGUGAAAUAACUGAAAUUGCAAAUCUUCCAUAUGAAAAUUUCGAUAAAAUCAGUAUUUCAAACAAAACAAUAGUGUCUUCGGAGAACGAUGACAUUGAUGCAAUCUCAAAUCUUCCAUAUGAAAAUUUUAAUAAAUUUCGUUUUUCAAACAGAACAAUAAUGUCUUUGGAGGACUGUGGCAAUACUGAAAUCUCACAUCUUCAAUAUGAAAAUUUAAAGAAAUCAAAUUCGGUGAUUACUAAAUCAAAUUCUGGUGAUUUACAAACAGUUGCAACAAACUCUUCGACAGAUUUAGCAUUUGAAAACAGGGAGUAUCAAAAUACACCAAUAUUAGAAAGUACAAAUGAUUGCUUCGAAACAAAGAAGAUACCGGAUAAGACUUCGCCGAGGAUAAAUAUCGUAAAUACCACAUAUUGCCCUCCUGACGUCGAGAAUUUGUCAGUUCAAGAAUUAGGACAGUAUUUACAUGUUUUGAACUUGGGGAAACACGAAGAAACCCUUUCCGACGCCCUCAUUGACGGAUCUCUUAUCAAAGACUUGGAUGAAAAGAUUCUUCGUGAGGAGUUUGGUUUCACACGAUUUGAGGCGAUUAAACUGAUGAAAUUUGCGCGAGAUGGAUAUUUGCCGAAAACUUCACAAGAAACCUUUUUAUAACGAUCGUUUGCAUUUAUUGAUCAGCAUUUAAAAAAAAAGUACUUUUAUGGUCGA